GGGACAGUUAAAAAGAGACAAAGAGUGUGUUUCCGAAACGCAUCCAAUUUUGGGGCAUUAAAUGACGUCGUCUGUGGCAUCUGUAGUACCAGGAAAAAUUCUUCUCUCUGAUACGACUCUAUUUAUCUAGGACUUUACCCAUGACCCAAUACCCAAUGACAUCAAACCAAUGUCAAACUCAAGAAGAAUAUAGGAGAAUUAGUUGUUUGUUCAAGUGAAUGUUAAUUAUAAAAUAUAAUAUUUUUAUUACUUUAGUUUAGUAUAAUGUUACGCCAAUGUAGAAUGCAUGUGUAUUAAACCAAAAAUAGCUUGCUGGUAUUUUGAAUAAAAUGGCUAGUUCAUUGAUGGCACCGUCAAGUGCAAAGAGAAUCACGCAGAUCAGGAAUGUACGACAAGGCAGUGCAAUAGAUAUAGACGCCGAUAUGUUUCUCAAAAUAUCUAACUACGAGGACACGGUCAAGCAAUUGGACAUAUACUAUGGAAUCGUCAAGAGACAAUUACUGCGCUAUCAGAGCUGCAUAACUGGCUUAUUCCCACAGAUUUCGAGCGAUCGGAAGGUCGGCAGUGUCCGCGAAAGUAUAUACUGCGCUGCCGCUAUAUGGAGUCUGUAUCAGGCAUAUAGACGUAUAGAUGACGAUCGUGGAAAAUCGUAUGAGCUGGGACAGUCCGCGAUAAAAUGCAUGCGGGGUAUUUUGGAAUGUUGGAUAAAGCAAUCUUCCAGAAUAGAGCUUUUUAAGAAAAAUCAAUGUGACCGUUUUGCGUUACACUGCAAGUUCCAUUUGGACACCGGCGAUGAGGUCUACCAGGAUGCUGAGUAUCAUCACUUGCAGAUCGACGUCGUAUCUCUUUAUUUGAUAUUCUUAGUGCAAAUGAUUUCCUCUGGGCUACAAAUUAUAUAUAUACAAGACGAAGUGGCCUUUGUACAAAAUCUAGUAUAUUAUGUCGAGAGAGCAUACCGUACACCGGAUUAUGGUAUGUGGGAACGUGGAAGUCGAUAUAACGAUGGAACGCCCGAGAUUCACGCCAGUUCCAUUGGAAUUGCGAAAAGCGCGUUGGAGGCGAUUAAUGGCUGUAACUUAUUCGGUGAGAAAGGUGCAUCUUGGUCUGUAAUAUACGUCGAUAUUGAUGCUCAUAAUCGUAAUCGUAGUAUUUUCGAGACAAUGCUUCCAAGAGAGUCCAGUUCAAAAAGUGUAGACGCGGCUCUGUUGCCAACAAUAUCUUUCCCUGCUUUUGCAACUCACGAAGAAGUGUUGUACAACGAAACAAAAGCGAAUAUAGUCCGCAGACUAAAAGGCAAUUAUGGUUUUAAACGAUUCGGAAGAGACGGUUAUAGAACCGUACUGGAGGACAAACAGCGACGAUAUUACAAAUCUGGAGAGAUCAAGGAUUUCGACAACAUCGAGUGUGAAUGGCCAUUGUUUUAUAUCUUCAUGAUAAUAGAUGGUGUAUUCAAGAGUUUGACGGAACAAGUGGAAGAAUAUCAAAAUUUAUUGAAAGCGAGAGUCUACAAGGAUUUGAAUGGAGAUCCGGUGAUCCCUAUGUGUUAUUAUGUACCCAUGGAAAAUUUGGAAACUGAAAGGAACGACCCGUGCGGCGCUUAUCGGCUACCCAGCGAGGAAGGGAGAGGUACUAAGGCUGCGGAUCAAGAAGCUACACCGAUAUACCUAUGGAAUCAAGCUAUGUUUGUAAUUGCACAGCUACUCACCGCUGGUCUUUUACAUAUCAACGAAUUAGAUCCGAUUCGUCGAUACCUUCCAUCAUAUAAUCGUCCGAGGCGAGCAGGAAGAUAUUCGGCUUUCCAGGCAAAGCCCACUAUUGGCACUCAUACCGACCUAGUAGUACAGAUAGUUCUGAUCGCGGAAUCUAUGCGAUUGCAAGCCAUGAUGGCGACAUAUGGUAUUCAGACGCAAACGCCGCACGAAGUUGAGCCCGUUCAGAUUCUGUCGUCCACCCAGUUAGUAAAGGUUUAUCAAAAACUAGGCGUGAACAAGAAGUUGAAUCUCCAAGGGCGACCCGCACGGCCAAUAGGCUCUUUAGGUACAAGCAAGAUAUAUAGAGUCUGUGGUAUGACAGUGCUCUGUUACCCAUUGAUCUUCGAAGUGUCCGAGUUUUAUUUAUACAGAGACAUGGCUCUGCUGAUCGACGAUAUCAAAACGGAAUUGCAAUUCGUAGGCAAGUAUUGGCGUCUUUCUGGUCGACCCACCGUAUGUCUUUUGAUACGGGAGGAACACAUGCGAGAUCCGCAAUUUAAAAAGAUGUUAGACCUCUUUGCGAUGUUGAAGAAAGGCUACUGUGAUAAGACGAAAGUACGCAUUGGCCGACUGCAAAAUCUGAUUUCAUCUUCUUGUAUCGAGCACUUGGACUUCGUAAAUACUAUGGAAACAAAUCUGGACUUGACCCAGUUUAGACAAUUGCAGCAUGAUUAUAUUGGCUAUCAGAGUCUCACGGACGUCCCAAAGGCCAUCGCUUACUCCGAAAGCGUCAAGGACUAUUCUUCUAUGUUAAAUGAAUCUCUUGGCAACAUAUUAAACGAACUUCGCAAUAGCGUCGGCUUGUAUGCCAAGUGUCAAUUAUAUGGGAUUCUGAUAAAACGAGAAGGAAUUAAUUACGAAAUUAAUGGAGUGACAGUUCGUGAUUAUUUGCGAUCACUAUAUCAACAAGCUGGAUCCUUAAGAUUCUGGAUGGCCGUACGUUAUUGUAGCAGUCUGUUGAAUCACACAGUAGACAGCAUCAGCCCUUUUAUCACGGGUGUGCUAGUUAAAGGAAAACAGAUCGCGGUGGGAGUGAUUGGGCAGAAAGAAACUGUAUUCGACAAGCCCAUGACGCCGGCGGAAAUACAGUCGGUAAUGUAUUCCACGAUACAGCCGCACAACACAGUGCAGGCUGUGCUCCAACAAGAAAUUCUGUUGUAUUGCGGUCGACUUAUCGGUACUAAUCCAGAGUGGUUCAAAGGCAUAUUAAAAAUACGCAUCGGGUGGGUCUUGGAGGCAAUGAAGCUUUACUUGCAGAUGUUUGUGAAAGAUGAUAAACCGAUUGAGAAUUAUAGUCCUUAUGAAGUUCGACAGAUUCUUAUUAAAGUACUGACAGUAAAAGAAUGGGCUCAUGAGGAAAACCUGACGGUGCUCGGUCGCCGAAAAAUCGAAGGUUGCUUGUGUAGAGUGCCGGCACAUUUCUACAAUCAAGUAUGGGAAGUCUUGAUGCGUUGUCCUGGCGGUAUUGUAGUGAACGGACAGGAACUUCCUCAGCAAACCACAUUGUCCAUCAUGACUCGGUCUGAGCUCACAUUUGCCCUACUUGUGGAAUCAUUAUUGCAUAACAUACAGCUACCGGAAUAUCGUCAAAUUAUAGUCGAACUCUUGAGUAUUAUGUCGACUAUUCUGCUUCGAAAUCCAGAAUUAAGUUUCCAGAAACAGUUGGAUCUCAAUCAACUCGUGGAAGAUAGUUUUAUCAUGUAUUGCAAGGACCACAAUUUAUCGAAUGUCGAUGAAAAAUCGUUAUUCUUCUCCGCGCAUUAUUCGAUGACUACGGGAUAUCUUGCCAGGGCCAUAGUCAACAACGUUCUUACCGGCGGCUGCGUGGCGACCAUCGUUGAUCCCAGUGAUGUCAUUGAAUCGCACCGAGAAAUGUGUAAAAUUACAUAACGAUAUAAGUCGAUUAUCAUCGACACUAAACUUGAAAGAUCAUUUAAUGUUAGCAAGAAAGUAUUGUAUAUAGCUGUGUGCAAUAUAUUUCUUUAUGUAUACAUUACAAUAUAUGUUUAUAUAAAGCGA